UCUUCCGCCGAAACAGUCGGAGCGCUUUUUUUUUUUUCCCCCAGAUGGGACUAAUCAUGUGUCGUUGCGCGAUGAGCCAGUGCCAGAGGACGGACUGCUGAACUGCUCCCUCCUUGUGUGGCACGAGCCCCGCCACCAUGAUGUGGACCGCGUUAAUGCUGUACUCUUUAACUUCGGUGUUUGCAAGCAACACGGACGAGCGCGUGCCCUUCUUCCGCGGGCACGUUUCUGAGAACUCUCCUCCUGGAUCCAAAGUGAACGGGCUGAGCAUCCCCUUGGAACGCGUGGACGCGCAGGGACUCUGCGGGCGGACAGGGGCGCACCUCAAACUCCGGGGCCUCGGCAGCGAGGACUUCCACGUCUUCGUCCACUAUGCGCGCGGCCACGUCCUCCUCAAGACCUCCAAGGCGCUGGACAGGGAGCGGCGCGCGCACUACCUCCUCGCCCUCGCCCUCGGCGCGUGCUGCCCGAGCUGCCGCCCGGCGGCGGCGGCGGCGGCGACCGAAGUGGCCCGCGUGGAGGUGGACGUCCUGGACACGAACGACCACGAGCCCACGUUCCCCGGCGCGGACGUCAGGAUAAGCGUGGAGGACGCGACGGCGCUGCGCUCCGUGGUGCUCCAGGUGGCGGCUGCCGACGGCGACAGCGGCGAGAACGCCGAGCUCAUGUACUUUGCGCUUCCGCGGAACAGCAGCUUCUACGUGGUGCCGAAGACGGGAGAAGUUCUGCUGGUGGACUCCAUCCUGGGCUUCGAUGACCCCAUUCGGUUUGAGGUGUUCGCCAAGGACCGCGGCCGGCCGUCCCGAACCAGCCGCAGUUUGGCGGUAGAGAUCAUCCCGCGGCGCUGGUCGUGGACGCAGCCGCCCCGAACACGCGCGUCCGCCGUGGGACCCCGGCGCAGGUCGCGCUCCCUGCUGGACUCGGACAGUCCCGUGGUGGUCAGCGUGUCCGAAGACGCCGGGAUCGGCUCGGUCGUGGUGAACUUGAACCCGGUCAAGUUCCAAGCGGCCACCUUCGAGCUGAUCAGCCCGGGCUCCGAGAACAGCCCCGUGAGCGUGGGUAGGGACAGUGGGGACAUCGUGAUCGCGCGACGCUUGGACAGGGAGACCGAGCCCGUGCUGGAGAUCAUCGUCAAAAUACAGGAUAAACGAGGCCCUGACUGGUAUCUGGCCCGAGUGGAACUGAUUGUCAUCGACGUGAAUGACAAUGCCCCGGAAUGGACCAUGGUGCCAUCCCCCUACCUGGCUGUGGUCUCCCCAGAUGCCCCUCCUGGAUCACUGGUCUAUAAGCUCCAUGCCCGUGACGGGGAUGAGGGCAGCAAUGGGGAGGUGGAGUACUUCCUGUCUGAUGGUGGUGACGGGCGCUUCGAGGUGGACCGCAGGAGCGGUCACGUGCGGACCACUGGGCUGCCUCUGCAGAGGGACAAGGAGUACCUGCUCAACGUGGUGGCAGCAGACAAGCUGGGCAUCCGCAGCCCUCCCGCCCUCCUGUCUGUGGUGGCCGGACCCCGAGCUCCCCAGUUCACCAAUGCCUCCUACUCCAUCGUCAUCCCCGAGGGCACGGCCGAGGGCCAGCCGUUCCUGACAGUAACUGCAGUGUCCUUCCAGAACCAGCCUCUGAGUUACAGCCUGCUCAUCAAUCCCAGUAGUCUAUUCUCCAUCCAGCCAGAGACGGGUGAGAUCAGUCUAACCCGCACAGUCGACUAUGAGAGUGACCAGCACCGCUACCUGCUGCUGGUGCGGGCCAGCGAGAGCCAGCAAACCCUGAGCAGCGCUGCGGAGGUACAGGUGCUGAUAUCGGACGAGAACGACUGCAUCCCGGAGUUUCUGCAAUCCAUUUACAGCAAAGACAGCGUUCCAGAGACGGUAACUACGGCAACCUCACUGCUGCAAGUGUCAGCCAGCGACUGUGACUCGGACCUGAACGCCGAGCUCACCUACCACACGCUGAGCGCGGACUUCACUGUCUCUGCCCACGGCACCAUCUUUCCAGCUCGUCCCCUGGACUACGAGAGACCUAACCACCUUUAUGAGUUUGUGGUGAUGGCUGUGGACAAGGGGGAGGUGCCCCGCACCGGAACAGCCACGGUCCGCAUCCGAAUGUCCAACGUCAACGAUGAGCCCCCUGACUUCUCCCAGCAAGUCUAUCGGACCUUCGUAUCCGAGGACGCUGGACCCAACACGCUAGUUGCCACGGUACUGGCCAAGGAUCCGGACGGUGACGGAAUCGCAUACAAAAUCACGGCAGGCAACGAAGAGGGGAACUUUGUCAUUGACAGCCAGAAAGGGCUGAUCCGCCUGCGUGCGGACCCUCCUCCGAAACUGCAAGGUGUGGAGUACAUCCUCAACAUCACGGCGACCGACGACAAUGCGUCGGGGGGACCGCACCCCCUGUCCACCACCACGCAGGUCGUUGUGGGGGUCAAUGACGUCAAUAACAACAAGCCCAUAUUCGAAAAGUGCCACCAAUACAAGGAACGGACCUCGGUUCUGGAGAACCAGCCUGUUGGAACCUUUGUCCUGCAGGUUCAUGCUGUCGACGCGGAUGAGGGCACCAAUGGGAAAGUGACAUAUGGGUUCAUGCACAAGGACAGCACGGUUCCUGCCUUCAGUAUCCACCCAGAAACAGGAGUGAUUGCUACAGCCCGAGAGUUCAACCGAGAGCGGCAGAGGGAGUACGCUAUCACAGUAACUGCCACGGACAAGGCGGCUGAGCCUCUCAUUGGGAUAUGCCAGCUCAACAUUCAAAUCCUGGAUGAAAAUGACAAUGACCCCAAGUUUGAGAACCUGCGCUAUGAAUACUUUUUGAGGGAGGACACAAUGAUUGGAACCAGCUUUCUCCGUGUCGCGGCACAUGAUGAUGACUAUGGCACCAAUGCUGCCAUCACCUACUCCAUGUCGGCUGAACAGCCUGAGUACCUGAGGGUGAACCCUGUCACUGGUUGGGUGUAUGUCAACCAACCCAUCUCACAAAGAUCUUACAUCACACGGGAGGUAAUCGCCACUGAUGGGGGCAACCGCAGCAGCUCGGUAGAGCUGGCUGUCACCAUCACCAAUGUAAAGAACCAGCCACCACAAUGGGAGAAGAACCGCUAUGACGUGAUCAUUCCAGAGAACACCAUGAGGGACACUCCCAUUGUGACCAUCAAGGCAAUCUCCCCCUUGGGCGACCCCAGAGUGACCUAUAACCUGGAAGAUGGCCUUGUUCCAGAAACCAACAUGCCCGUGCGCUUCUACCUGACACCAAACCGUGACGAUGGAACCGCAUCCAUCCUGGUUGCAGAGCCGCUUGACUAUGAGACCACACGCCACUUCACUCUCAGGGUGCGGGCACAGAAUGUGGCUGCUGUUCCUCUGGCUGCCUUUACCACUGUAUACAUCAACAUCACAGACGUCAACGACAAUGUGCCAUUCUUCACUUCCUCUAUCUAUGAGGCAGCAGUGACAGAGGGUGCAGAGGUGGGAACCUUCGUCCUCCAAGUGUCAGCCAAUGACCUGGAUUUGGGUCCUAAUGGGAAGAUUUCCUACUCGCUGUUGAGUGACCGUAGCGGGGACCAUCGGUUCUUCCACAUUGACCCUGAAACGGGGUCCAUCUAUACCCAGGCAGUGUUCGACCGUGAGAUGAAGGGCUCUUACCUGUUGGAGGUGAAGUCUGUGGACGGGUGGGAGUCAGCCCGGCCGGGAAAGCACGGUCAGCCCAAUUCCGACACCGCGUACGUGCGCAUUUUCAUCAGCGACGUGAAUGACAACAAGCCCGUCUUUGCGCAGAGCAUCUAUGAAGUCAACGUCGACGAGGAUGCGGAUGUCGGCUUCGCUGUCGUCACUGUCAGUGCCAACGACGAGGAUGAAGGUGCCAAUGCCAAACUACGCUACCAGAUCACCUCAGGAAACACAGGGGGUGUGUUCGACGUUGAGCCAGAAGUGGGCACCAUCUUCAUCACCCAGCCACUGGACUACGAGCGUGUGAAGCGGUACAAGCUACUCCUCCUGGCCUCUGACGGAAAGUGGGAGGACUACGCCACUGUGGACGUCAGUGUGGUGAACAAGAACGACGAAGCGCCCGUUUUCUCCAUGAACGAGUACUACGGCAGUGUGACGGAGGAACUGGAUGGCUCCCCCGUCUUUGUGCUUCAGGUAACUGCAACUGACCCAGAUAAAGAUGCAGCCCAAGAGGCCCUAAGGUAUUCACUCCAUGGUCAGGGAGCAGAGAGCGAAUUCAUCAUUGAUGGGGUGACAGGGAAGAUCUAUGCCCAGAAGACCCUGAACCGUGAGGAACGGGCAGUGUGGAGGUUUGUCGUGCUAGCAACUGAUGAAGGUGGGGAGGGACUGACUGGCUUUACGGAUGUCAUCAUAAACGUGUGGGACAUCAACGACAAUGCUCCUGACUUCCCCUGUAUGCCGGACAGCUGCCACGGCCACGUGCCCGAGAACUCGCCUCCAGACACCUCCGUCAUGGAGAUGAGUGCCACUGACAUGGAUGACAGUACCGUAGGACAGAACGCCAUACUCACCUACAGGAUCAUGGGGAAUGCCUGGAAUGGAUUGAGCUCCCAUCUGUUCAGCAUCAAUCCCAACACAGGCACUGUCUUGGUGGCACAGGGCAACCUGGACAGGGAGAAGGUGGAUAAGUACUUUCUGGUGGUAGAGGCCAAAGAUGGUGGUGGUAUGACAGGCACAGCUACCGCCACCAUCUGGGUCACUGAUGUCAAUGAUCAUGCCCCUAGGUUUCUGGAAAGUGUCUGUGGAGCACGAAUAUCUGAAAGCAGUGAGGUGAAUUCAGUUGUAUUGGAGGUGUUAGCCACAGAUGAAGAUGUUGGGGAGAAUGCCCAGCUGACCUUCAGCAUUGUGAGAGGGGAUCCAGAGCAGAAGUUCUACAUUGUCAGCCACCGGCAGGAGCAACGUGGGAUACUUCGACUGAAGAAGAAGUUAGAUUAUGAGAAGUCCAGCGAGCAGAGAUUUAAUCUCACUGUUAAGGUUGAGGACUUGGACUUUUUCAGUUUGACCCAUUGUAUCAUUGAAGUGGAUGAUCAUAAUGACCAUGCACCAGUCUUCAUCCCCCAUUUCUACUUGGUCCCACCCUUGCCCGAGAAUGUGCCUGUCGGAACCAGCAUUGUCACAGUCAUGGCCAGAGACUCAGAUUCAGGCCAGAACCAGGAAAUAUCCUACAGCAUUCUACCUGAUUCAGACCCAUACAGCCAGUUUGCAGUAGACCGGGCUGGAGUUGUCACAGUGGCCAGCCCCCUUGACAGGGAAAUGGUGGAACAGCAUUUCUUAAUCAUCUUAGCAACAGACCAAGGGACCCCACCACAGACUGGCAGUGCUACAGUCCAGCUCAGUUUGUUAGACGUUAAUGACAACGGGCCAGAAUUUGAGGUGGUUUAUAUGCCCGUGGUGUGGGAAAAUACCCCCGGCCCUCAGGUGUUGCAGCUGAACGAGACCUCCACGUUGCUGUACGCGGUGGAUCGGGACUCUGCCGAAAACGGGCCUCCGUUCUCCUUCUCCCUGCCCCCCGAGUUCCUCGAUAGUAGUGAUUUUUUCCUGCAGGACAACGGGAACAACACAGCCACGGUCUCCACCCUGCGCAUGUUUGACCGUGAGGAGCAAAAAGAGUUCCACCUACCCAUCGUCAUGAAGGACAGCGGGUACCCAAGUAAGACUGUAACCAGCACACUAACCAUUUCCAUUGGUGACAAAAAUGACCACGCCCACCUUCCUGGAGACAAGGAAAUCUACAUUAACAGUCACAGAGGAAGGAUGCCAACCACGGUGUUGGGGAAAGUUUACACUGUGGACCCAGAUGACUGGGACAACAAGACAUAUGCCUUUGAGGGACAUGCUCCCAACCCUUUCAUUCUGAACAAGAGGACAGGCUUUUUGAUCAUGAAGGAGAGCACCCCCCCGGGUAUCUAUGAAUUCAAGGUGCAUGUGUCAGAUGGGGUGUGGCCGGACGUCGUGUCCACAGUUACCGUCCAGGUGAAGGAGCUGCGGGACGAGGCCAUCUACAACUCAGGAUCACUCCGACUGGCAGACAUCACAGCCAAGGAGUUUAUUGAGCGACACGCCAAUGGAAGAAGCCGAUACGAGAUGUUCCAGGACUUUCUGUCCGAAAUGCUGGCUGCCAGUCCUGAGAGCAUCAACAUCUUUGGUUUGACGGAAACACUGGAUCGAAUGCUGGAUGUGCGCUUUGCUGUGAGCGGUACACCUUUCAUGAAACCGGAGAGACUCCAUGGCUAUCUCGCUGCUCAUAAGCACAAGCUUCAGUCAUUCCUGCAGGUGAAUGUGACCCGUGUGCACGUGGACGUCUGCGCAGAUGCAGAGUGCGGUGGAAGUGGCGGCUGCUCCAGUCAGUUGACCAUUGGUGACACACCAACCGUAGUGGACUCCGGGCGUCUGUCCCUGGUGUCAGUGACAGUGAUAGCUGGAGCUGUGUGUGGCUGUUCUGCACGGGAACACAUUCACCGGGCAUGUGAUGCCUAUCCUCUGAACCCUUGCCUCAAUGGUGGUGUCUGCAUCACCAGCCAAAGCGGUUACAGGUGCCAGUGCCCUUCGCAGUUUGAGGGCCUGGAGUGCCAGCAGACCAAGCGCAGUUUCCAUGGUGAUGGGUAUGCUUGGUUUCCUCCCAUAAUGCCUUGCUUCGAGAGCCACAUCUCCCUGGAGUUUAUCACCGAGGCUGCAGAUGGCCUGCUGCUCUACAAUGGGCCAGUGGCCCAGCUUCAACCCUGGGAACCUGAAGACUUCAUGGCAAUAGAGCUCAUUGAUGGCACACCCACCCUCAAAAUUAACCAUGGCUCCGGCACACUGGUGUUGCAGUUGCCAGGCAACGUGAACAUGGCAGACAGACGGUGGCACCGACUGGACGUGAGGAGCAACGGUAAGGAUGUCCGCUUCACUGUGGAUCGCUGCUCCAGUGCUCUUGUCAUGGAGAUGGAAGGCAUUGGGAGCUGGUUAACUACUGAAGGCCACUCAUCUUGUGAGGUCUCUGGGGUCACACCGAAUCAAGAAAGGUAUCUGAACAUGACGCAAGUAUUGCAACUGGGUGGUGUCAACGAGGACCUGCCGUACAUCUACCCACAGUUACAGCACAAGCACUUUUCCGGCUGCAUCCGAAACCUUGUGAUCGACAGCAAGAUCUAUGAUCUUGGCUCCCCCGCGGACUCUGCUGGCAGCUCCCCGGGGUGUCUGAUGACGGAUGGGAACUGCAUGAGUGCUGGCUACCCUUCCUGUGGACUGCGGGGACGAUGCCAUGGAGAGUGGGGCUCCUUUAGCUGCCAGUGUCCAUCUGGGUACACUGGACCCCAGUGUGAGCUGGAGGUUCCUGAGUAUUCUUUCGAUGGGCGAAGCCACAUACACCUUCAGCUGGCAUCCGCACUCCCGGCCCGUCAGACCCACAUUCAUGUCUUGGUGCGCACUAGGAAGGACAGCGGUGUCAUUGUCAGCCUCAUCUCAGAGGAGAGGACCGAAUACCUGCGGCUGGAGGUAUUGCAAGGCCUGUUAGUCGUCUUCUACAACCUGGGUGAUGGGCACCACAGUCUGCCACUGCCUGGCGAGCGCCUUGAUAAUGGAGAGUGGCAUACUGUCCAGCUGGAGCGCCAUGACAAUGAAGUCACCCUGCGGCUCAACGGUGGUGGUGGGCGAAGGGAGGUGACAGCUUCCCCAGGACGGAGUCGGGAAAUUAUCAUUGACCCCGGCAUGGUGAUGAUUGGAAACACCUUUCCUUUGAGCAACAACAAGAGCUUCCAAGGUUGCCUUCGAGAUGUACGGCUGAACAACAAGUAUGUGCCUCUGGAUGGUGUGCCAAAGGCUGGAGCGUCUGUGGUCGGCUCCCAAGGGGUCUCUGCGGGUUGUCUCUCUGACGCCUGUAGGAGAAGCCAGUGCAGCAACCCUUUCAUCUGUGUUGACCUCUGGAGGGCCCAUGAAUGCAGGUGCCCCUCAAGCCAUAUGGUGAAGGAGAACGCCACAGGAAGGUUCUGUGUGUAUACCCUGUGUGCCAACCGGCCAUGCCAGCGUGGCACCUGUGUGGCCCAGUCCCCAUCCAAGUUCACAUGCUUGUGCCCGGAGGGCUACAGAGGCCGCCACUGCGAGGUCACAUUGGCAGUUUACCGCGAUGACCUGGGCCUCAGCUUCAGCUCUAUGUUCGCCAUCUGCAUCUGCUUCAUGGCGCUCCUAGUGCUGCUGCUAGGUGUCUUCCUGUGGACACGCUGGAGGAGCUACAAGGGAUUGAAGGAGGGCAUGUACCAGGUAUCGGCCCAUCACGAUGGCUGGGAGGACAUCCGCGAGAACGUGCUCAACUAUGAUGAGGAGGGUGGAGGAGAGGAGGACCAGAAUGCCUACGACAUGGCAGAGCUGCAGAAAUCUCUGCAGCCCAGCCCAGCACAGUCUGUUCAGUACAGCAGGUCCCGCAUGGUUCAUCUCCACCCCGCCAUGCAGCAGGAUGCGAUCAAGAGCAGCAGCCUCGCCUUGGGCCCAGCCCCUGCCGCUGUACGUCGGGACGUCCCACCCAUUAAGACCCAGGCCCAAGUCCAGAGCCAAACUGUCCACCUACCCCGUAAAAGCCUGUCUUUCUCCAGCCAGGACCUGGCACGCUACCUGUGCGAGAUCAUCCGGGAUGUGGACCAGCACCCAGACACAGCGCCCUUUGACUCACUGCAGGUGUUCUCCACAGAGGGCGGGGGCUCGCCGGCUGGAUCCCUCAGCUCCUUCAGCUCGGCCGGACUAGAUGAGGACAGAAGCCAAGACUGCCUGAAGGACUGGGGCCCACGCUUUGAGAAGCUCCGAGCCCUAUACGAAAGGGCAGAGUCCAGCAAUCUUUGA